CUCUUCUUCUCCCCUCCCUCCUUCUACUUCCCCUUCCUUCCCCCCUUUUCCCCCUUCUUCCUCUCCCCCUCCAUCUCCCUCUCCCUCUCCAUGCCAAGUUUCUGCUCCGAUGUGAUCUGUCCACAGGUCUGGGGCCCGGCCCUGAAGAUGCUGACCCUGAUGGAGCAGCCUGCCCCAAGGACCCUUUUCUUCCCCACUGUGAAGGUCGAGCCAGAAGGGGUGAGCCAGGAUCUGCUGCCCAGGGGAGACAAAGAUGGUGAGGACAAAACGGGGAAUGGAGCAACAGCAGUGAAGCAUGAAAUAGUAGACAGCAGUGAUCAGAUUUUUCGAGUAGAAGAAAAAACAGACAUGUUUAAUGAAUAUGGAAACUCUUUUAGCCCAAAUGAAGAGCCAACUUUGAAGCAGAGAAUCCUUGAUCAUAACAGUCCACUUUUCCUCCAUACAGAGGAAAAACCAAGCCUGUUUAAUGAAUAUGAAAACUUUUUCAGCAGCCAGAAUUCAGACUUAGUUGGAUUUAAUGUUUUUCCAACUAAUGAGGUACCAUACAACUGUCAGAAGCGUGGGGAACACUUUGUUACCAUGUCUCACCUCACUCAAUACCAGAGCAUUCACAGUGGACCAGGACGUUUUGUAUGUUAUGAGUGUGGGAAAAGAUUUACCCGAAGCUAUCAUCUCAUUAGACAUCAGGUUAUUCAUACUGGAGAAAGACCCUUUUCAUGUAAUGAAUGUGGGAAGGCUUUCAAGAGAAAAUCAACUCUCACAGAGCACCAGAGAAUUCACACUGGUGAGAAACCUUAUAGAUGUAAUAAAUGUGGGAGAUCCUUCAGUCAAAGCAAAGACCUCUUGGAGCAUCAGAAAAUGCACACUAUUGAAAAACCUUACAAAUGUGAUGAUUGUGAGAAGGCUUUUAGUACUAGUUCAAGCCUCCUUCAGCAUCAGCUCAUCCACACGGGAGAAAAACCCUACAAAUGUGGUGAAUGUGAGAAAGCCUUCAGAAAUAACUCAAGCCUCCUUCGGCAUCAGUUCAUCCACACAGGAGAAGAGCUCUACAAAUGUGAUGAAUGUGGAAAGACUUUGAGUAAUCGUUCAAGUCUUUUCCAGCAUCUAAAAAUUCAUUCCGGAGAGAAACCCUAUCAUUGUAAUGAAUGUGGGAAAGGCUUUAUUCGUAACUCAUAUCUCAUUGAACAUAAGAGGAUUCAUACAGGGGAGAAGCCCUAUGCAUGUAAGGAAUGUGGAAAGACCUUCCGACGUUCUUGGUACCUCACAGAACAUCAGAGAAGCCAUGCCCCAGAGAGAGCAUAUAGAUGCACCGAGUGUGGGAAAGCCUUCAGAGAUAGCUCAUGUCACUUCCAUCAUCAAAAACUCCACACAGGAGAAAAACCCUUUGGCUGCAGUGAGUGUGGUAUGGCUUUUGGGCGCAAGUCACGGCUUCUGGACCAUCAGAGAAUCCACACUGGAGAAAAACCCUAUGAAUGUGAAAAAUGUAUGAAAAGUUUUAGCCAUCGUUCACAACUUCUUGAACAUAUGAGAACUCAUACUGGAGAGAAGCCUUAUGAGUGCAAUAAAUGUGGAAAAUCAUUUACUAGGAAUUCUGGCUUUAUACGUCAUCAGAAAAUUCACACUGGGGAAAGGCCCUAUGAAUGUAAUCAAUGUGGCAAAUGUUUUAGCAAUAGUUCAUUUCUUAUUGAGCAUGAAAGAAUUCAUACCACAGAGAAACCUUACAAGUGUGAUGAAUGCGGGAAAGCCUUCUGUAAAAAAUCAUACCUCACUGGACAUCAGAUCACUCACACCAAAGAGAAACCUUUUGAAUGUAAUGAAUGUGGGAAAUCCUACAAUCGGCGUUUCCGUCUUAUUGAGCACCAGAGAAUUCACACUGGAGAGAAACCCUAUGAAUGUGCUGAAUGUGGACGAUCAUUUAGUCGAAGUGCACUUCUUAUUGGACAUCAGAUAAUUCACACCAAAGAGAAGCCCUAUGUAUGUAAUCAAUGUGGAAAAGCUUUUAGUCUGAGAAAACAUCUUGUUCAACAUCAGAGUAUCCAUAAUGAUGAGAAACCACAUAAAUGCAAUGAAUGUGGCAAAGCCUUUAGGCACAAAUCAACAUUUCGUGACCAUCAGAAAGUUCACACCGGCGAUAAACCCUGUAAAUGUAACGAAUGUGGGAAGUCCUUUAAUCGGACCUUUCAUCUUAUUGAACACCAACGGACUCACACUAAGGAGAAACCCUAUGAAUGUAAUGAGUGUGGGAAGUGUUUCAGCCGAAGCUCAGUCUUUACCCAGCACCAGAAAAUUCAUAGUGAAGAUCAUAAACCCUUUGAAUGUAGCGAGUGUGGAAAAUCUUUCACUCGAAAUUCAGUCUUUAUUAAACACCAGAAAAUUCACACAAAAGAGAAUAAACCCAACGAAUGUGGGCAAUCCUUCAGUCAAAAUUCAGUCUGUAUUCAACAGCAAGAAAUGCAUGCUAAAGAGAAUCUAGAUUAAUGAAGAGGUUUUUGUUGGAAUGUCACAGCUAUUUCAGUAUUGGAUAUUACACUUGGGGAGAGGUGGUAAUGGUGAGGAAAACUUUUGUUAGACCUCAAGCUUUAUUUGGUACCAGUGGGUUUACUAGGAUACAAACUAGAAGUGCUAAUGGAUGUAAAUUUAAAUUAUAAUUAAACUUAUCAAAGACUA